CCCCCAGGAUCCAUCCAAAAUUACGGCGCAUUUGAUUCUUACCUGUUCAACAGUUCUAUUUACCCUGGGAUUAUUUCAUUGUCUACUCUGUCUUACUUCUCACUGCACUCUUCUCAUAUCUGUAUCUUCAUGUAACCAUGCCUACUGCUAUCUUCUCCCAUCUCUGUUUCUCUCUCCUCCCUCCUUCAAAUUCCCCAUCAGCCGGAAAAGACUCCAUCUAGCAGCGUUCAAUCUAUGGAUCAGUUUCCGGCCGAUAAUCCUAGCAAUAGUGCGUUCGAGGUGGACUGGCCUGACCAGCCCACUGAGACUAAGAUCAGCCAACCCACAGAAGCCGCUCCUGCUGGUGCUGAGGCAGCUGGCAAAGAAGCAGCAGCAGCUGGAGCUGAAGCAGCUAAAACCGAAACUGACUCAGGAUCUGCCUCAAGCUCUCUGCCUGCUGUAGUUGUGGAGACCUUCCCAGCCACAGUCAAUGGAACAGUUGAAAGUGGAGCCGCUUCCGAAAGGGCUGACAUGCCACCAGGUUUCCUGUUUAAGGCACAAGCCAUGCAUGACUAUGCAGCCACUGACAGUGAUGAGUUACAACUGAAGGCUGGAGAUGUUGUCCUGGUGAUUCCAUUUGACAACCCGGAGGAGCAGGAUGAAGGAUGGCUGAUGGGUGUGAAAGAAUCCGAUUGGCUUCAGCACAAAGAACUUGACCAAUGCCGAGGAGUUUUCCCAGAGAAUUUCACUGAGCGGGUGCAGUGAGGUCCUGAGGCUUCUAGGUGGCUUCUCUGCAUUGAGAAAGCAGAGGUGUUUCCUCUCUCCCUCUUGCCCUGGGGAAAGUCUAAAAGUAAUAGAGAGAAUUUUAAAGGGAAGAGAAGCCUAAAGGUUGGAUUCUUCACAGAAAACAAGCUUUUAGAAGUACAUUGAAUUCAAAGUGUUGUUAUCAAAUAUAUAGGUAAUAAAGAAAGACAGGUUGAAAAACAACAACAACUUUUCCCCCCUUUUAAUUUGAACAGUGUUGGUGUUCAGGAGGUUUGCCACCAAAGUGGCUGCGUCGUUUUGUGUGAGUUGGACUUAGGGUAACUCCAGCAUCAUAAGCCUCAAAAUACUAACUGCCCCAUUACUCUGAAAUGACAUACUCUUAAGUUUACCCUGUGGGAAGGUGCAGUCAACCUGUCUUGUGUCUGAGGCUGCUUAUAUGACACCCCUAGAUUUCAGACCCUGCACAUUAUUCACACCUGCUGCCAUAAGCCCAAUGCCUGUCAUGCUGUUGAAAAGAAAUAUUUAGUGUACAGUGUUCACAAAUUAUGGUUAUAUAUGUGUGUGUGUGUGUGUGUGUGUGUGUGUGCGUGUUUGUUCAUCCUUGGGGGGGGAUGCAACAAGAACUGUGAUUUUCUACAUAAAAUGCAAACAAAAUUACCUGCAGAUGCACAUCAGAAAGAAAAAGGAGGAAGUGACGCCUGAUCCAAAGCUCCUUCAAAUAUGUGUUUUGAUAUAGUGUAUUGGCACUUUCUUUGAAAAAAGAUACUGUAAAAGUAUAAACAUGACUUCAUUUGAUUUUUUUAAUUAUUAUUAAAAACCCCACUCUGUUACUGUUUUGUUAAACUGAGUUUGGAAUGGGCAUCUAAAAUCAUUUUACUGCAUUUGAAAGGCUAGGGUGGAGAGAGAGGGCGCUGUAAAAUACUAACACGGGGAAAGACAUUUACAGUUUUUGUUUCUUCCAUAUUUUGGAGAACUCUGCAGGCAACUGCAAGUCCCUCUCCCCCCAUUCAUUUGUUUUAUCUCACCUGUAGUUUGUGAACAGCCUGAACAGCUUGAACUUAGAAGUUUUGAGCGGCUGCAGCUGUGUGUAGUAACUUGCACUGUGAUGUCUACCCUAUGCUUGGCAAAUCCAAGCAGCUGUGUCACCUACCAGUUGCUGCUCCAUGAUAAGAAGUUAAUACCAGCCCAUUCAGUUGUACCUGUGUGGCUGGCUCUGGAGAAGGGAGCCUUUCUGGGCAGCCACAAAGAUAAAGAAGAUCCAGUGCUACACCUGCCAUGUCUCUGAUACCUGUGUUGUGCACUAGCAAUCUUGACACUAGAGGCAAAUAACAUGCCCUUGUGCUGUUACAGCCUCCUAGCACUUCUUGCAGGAUCAUUGUUUGUGGAAAGCAAAUUGCUGGCACAGCAGUUAUUGCACUCCACCCAUCCUAAACAUUUAUUUCCCUGUGCAAUGGCUCAUGGGAUUAAGGUGGGAAAAGAAAAUAUAUUAAUGCAUGAUUUUUUAAAACAAACAAACAAACAAACAAACAAACAAACAAACAAACAAACACAGUGGAUUGAACUUUCUUAUUUUUAAACCUUUGCAACAUAACCUGCCAGCAUGGUACUUUUUCAACUUUUAUUUUAGGAAACCCUGUUCCUCAGAAGGCUGCCAUGAGCUUUUCAGGGGGAAGGCCUAUAACAAGAGGGCCAACGUCAGCUUGCCCACAAUUACAGUGCAGAGCUGGGUGUUGUCGAGGGUGCACUCUCAGUUCAUGCCAGGCCAAGUGCACUGUUGAAUUGGAUGUGCACCCUAGAAUGUGCCCUGGACCCCCCCUUUUUUGCAAGGCCACGGGCUUACAGAGUAUAUAUGCAGGGGUAGCUGAAUAAAAGGUAGAAAAAGUUUCUGCAUGGUAGACAGUUGGAAAACCACUCCUGCCAUUUAUACAGUUGACCUCAUAUCGCCUCCAUUGCUCCUGUUUUGUUUUGUUAUGUGUAUUGCUAAGUUGCUAGGCAGUUUUUAUUGUUAACAGUGCUCUACAUAUUAGUGGCAACAAGUUGGUUUUCUCCCAACACAACUGAAUCCUGCAGUGUUACUUGAAUAGCUGACACAGCUACUGAGCUCUUCACAUCCUUUUAUGGCUGGAUUCAUUUACUUCCAAGUUCCACUUUGGAUUUUUUUCUAUUUUAUUUCUUAUUUGCCUUGAAGGGAUUGCUUUAGAACAGGCUACCUCCUCCUGCACUGGAAUACAUUGGAAUCUGUUGUAUUGACUAAUCUUAUAAAAGAUAAACUGCUUUUAGCAAAGCAUGGUAUGCUAAGUUACACCACUUUAUAUAUAUAUAAAAACAAAAGUAAAAAAAUCAGACCAGCUUAGCUUAUAUAAUCAGAGGGUGUGUGAGAGAAUUCAGGUGCAAAGCUUUCUUUCACCCAGUAAAAAGUGAAUGGCCCAAUUUUGCAUUAUGGAUAUAAAUCAUUAUCCAGAAUUGCUGCACAGCCAAGAGUGCACACAAAAAAACCCAAGGAUAUGGGGAAGAAUGUGUGUGUGUGUGUGUGUGUGUGUGUGUGUGUGCUGUAGAUUAGUCACAACUGCAUAUGCAGUUACAACCACUUUAUCUGUGUCUCAUGGAAUUAUUCUUCAUAACAGUGUUUUGAAUCUUUUUUUUUAAUGGCUCAGUGGGUCUUAACCCUCCACCCCAACACAUUCUAGAUUUUGUGAUGCUCCCUUCCUUCAGCCAAAGUUGCAUUGUUUAAAUUCCUCUGUAUUCCAGAGCUGCUGUCUGUUAAAACUAGCCCACCACAAGGUUGUACGUUGCUGUGUUGUUGAUGGUUGCAGUAGCAUAUUCCCAAUUCUUGCAUCAUUUACAGCCUCUCCUAAAAAACUCUCUAUAUUUUUAUGCAUUUGUAAAACAAGUUGUCCUCCUUUGAAGGGCAAUAUUGGAAGGCAUAUCUAAAGGAAUAUCAAUUUUAAAAAUACGUUUAUCCUGUAAGGAAGGUCUCAUUGUAAAAUCUAUUUUUAUGAAGAAAGAAGGGGGGGAAACCCCAACCCUGUGGAUUUUAUUUUAAAAAGAUAAUUGCCAGAUUCAUGGUGUAACAUUUAGGCUGUGAUCCUGUACUCACUUACCUGGAAGUACGCCUCAUUGAAUUCAAUGGAACCUACUUUUAAGUAAACGUGUAGGAUUAUACUGCUAAACUGCUUCUGUAGCUGCUAGUGCAUAGGUAUUUGUGUAGACUUCUAAUCAUUGUCUCUUUUUGUUUGGUCUUUGUGUUUUGAUUUUUCAGGCAAGUGUUGCAAAAACGUUUCUGAUCAGCUUUUCAUUUUGUUGUGGAAAAACAGCCAUCAAGUACUGUAUUAUGUCUUUAAUGAUGCUUUAUUCUGAAGCUGUACAAAAUGGUAUAGCUCUUAGCCUUUAAAAGAACGGUUGAUAAGCUUGUAGUUUUCAGGUCUUAUUAAAUUUUCUUCAGUUGCUGCAACAGGGAAA